CUGGCAUAUCAAGGGCUGGGCUGCUCCACUGCAAUAACAACAGUGUCUACAAUUCCACAUAGUAUGAACUUUCCCACUUCCUAUAAAAAAUAUAAUCUUUAAAAAUAUAAUAAUGAACUUUUAAUCAAGAGUUUGUCAUACCUAGAAAGAGAAGUUGGGCAGUCAGGUCAAAAUAAGCCGCCUUAGGCCUUGAGCCUCAUGGUUUGCAAAAGCUUUCGCUUCCAAUUUACCAUAAUAAUGUAAAACCUUACUUUAGAAGCACAGGCACUGAAAUCACAGCAUGGGACUAUGAGCCACUGGAUUGUCAUUGUUUAGAUUGCAACAGUAUUCCCAAGUCCAGCUGUGGCCUCUACUGUGAUAAGCUGUCAAUGUACAAGAGAAAGACACUAUCAGCCCCUGAGGUUGCCCUCUCACUUGCUGUGAGCCACUGUAACUGUGGGCAAGCUUUGUGAGGGGAUAGGGGAAGGCGAGAGGAAGAGAGGGCCAUCUCAGAGAUGCCUCUGGCUUGCGGUGAAUGUCUGCCCUCCACCCUUCAGGAUGGCCUGGUACACCCUGUGCAGCGGGGACUUGCUGCACCCCAGGAUAAGGAGUACCUCAAGCCGGACGCCUGGCAGCUGGAGCCAUCCUGGAAUGCUGUCCCUGGAGGAGCUGCGGUGCCUGCUCUGGAAACACAUCCCCUCCACAGGGCACGUGGAUGAAGUCUGGCCAAACCUUUACCUGGGAGACCUGCACAUCGCUCGUGACAAAGAGCAGCUGAGCCGAAUGGGCAUCUCCCAUGUUGUGAAUGCCGUUGCCAGGCGAUCUCACAUCGAGACUGGACCCGAGUUCUACAAAGACCUGCCUGUGGAUUACUAUGGAGUAGAAGCGGAGGACAACCCAAACUUUGAUCUCAGCAUUUACUUCUACCCAGUUGCUCAACACAUAAAAGCAGCGCUGAAUUCCCCAAGAGGCAAAGUACUAGUUCACUGCGGAAUGGGAAUCAGUCGAUCUGCAACUCUUGUCCUCGCUUUCUUAAUGAUCUGUGAAGAUAUGUCCCUUGCUGAUGCAAUUCAGACUGUGCGUUCACACAGAGGGAUCUGCCCCAACUCCGGCUUCCUCAAGCAGCUUUGGGAGUUGGAUCUCCGGUUAGGAAGGAGGCAAGGCAGAAGAGCAGCACUCUGCUAGUGCCAAGGGGACAUGGCUCUUGGCACCAUACUGAGAGAUGCUGCCCUCACUGAAGACAAUGCAAGGAUGCUGUCAAGACUACUCCAUCCAUAGCUGCUGCACUAAGAAACACCCUGGGAGAUGGCUGAGCAUGUACAAGCUCAUAGGAAUUUAGUAUGUGUUUUUUGGAUAAGCCUACUAAUUAGAAAGAAAAUGAAAUAAAAAAGGAUUCAAACUGGCA